AUGGCGGAUCCCGCAGCGUCCGCGCCCCCAGCCCCGGCUCCCGCCCAGGUCCCGGACGCGCCCCCGAGCCCGGACGCAACCCCCGCCCCGGCUCCGGCGCCGGCACCCGCCGCGGACUCGGGCUCCGGGCCAUCCUCGGACUCCGGCCCCGAAGCCGGCUCGCAGCGGCUGCUCUUCUCCCACGACCUGGUGUCGGGCCGUUACCGCGGCUCGGUGCACUUCGGGCUGGUGCGCCUCAUCCACGGCGAGGACUCGGACUCGGAGGGCGAGGAGGAGGGCCGUGGGAGCUCAGGCUGCUCGGAGGCGGGGGGCGCGGGCCACGAGGAGGGCCGGGCCAGCCCGCUGCGCCGCGGCUACGUGCGCGUCCAGUGGUACCCGGAGGGCGUCAAGCAGCACGUGAAGGAGACCAAGCUGAAGCUCGAGGACCGCUCCGUGGUGCCCCGCGAUGUGGUCCGGCACAUGCGCUCCACUGACAGCCAGUGCGGCACCGUGAUCGACGUGAACAUCGACUGCGCCGUCAAGCUCAUCGGCACCAACUGCAUCGUCUACCCUGUCAACAGCAAGGACCUGCAGCACAUCUGGCCCUUCAUGUACGGGGACUACAUCGCCUACGACUGCUGGCUGGGCAAGGUCUACGACCUGAAGAACCAGAUCAUCCUGAAACUGUCCAACGGCGCCAGGUGCUCCAUGAACACAGAGGACGGCGCCAAGCUCUACGACGUCUGCCCGCACGUCAGCGACUCUGGUCUCUUCUUCGAUGAUUCCUAUGGCUUCUACCCAGGCCAGGUGCUCAUUGGCCCUGCUAAGAUCUUCUCCAGUGUCCAGUGGCUGUCAGGCGUCAAGCCGGUGCUCAGCGCCAAGAGCAAGUUCCGUGUGGUGGUUGAAGAGGUGCAGGUUGUAGAGCUGAAGGUCACCUGGAUUACCAAGAGCUUCUGUCCAGGGGGCACGGACAGCGUCAGCCCCCCGCCCUCUGUCAUCACCCAGGAAAACCUAGGCAGGGUGAAGCGUCUCGGAUGCUUUGACCAUGCUCAGCGGCAGCUUGGGGAGCGCUGUCUGUAUGUCUUCCCAGCCAAGGUAGAGCCGGCCAAGAUUGCCUGUGAAUGUCCAGAAAAACACUGCGCCCAGGGGGAGGGCUCUAUGGCCAAGAAGGUGAAGCGCCUCCUGAAGAAGCAGCUUGUGAGGAUCACGUCUUGCUCCCCGGACGUCCAGUGUUCCAGGGACCAUUCCGUGGAGGAUGCAGGCAAGAAGGGGGCGGCCAAAGCCAAGAGCGAAACAGGCUCCGCCAGCCCCGAGGAGACGCCCGAUGGGUCCUCCAGCCCAGUGGAGAUGCAGGACGAGGGCCCAGAGGAGGCCCACGAGGCGGGCGAGCAGCUGCCCCCCUUCCUGCUGAAGGAGGGCGGGGACGACAGGCUGCACUCGGCCGAGCAGGACGCCGACGACGAGGCUGCAGACGACACGGAUGACACCAGCUCGGUGACCUCCUCCGCCAGCUCCACCACCUCCUCCCAGAGCGGCAGCGGCACGAGUCGCAAGAAGAGCAUCCCCUUGUCAAUCAAGAACUUAAAGCGGAAACACAAGAGGAAGAAGAAUAAAAUCACGCGCGACUUCAAGCCGGGGGACAGGGUGGCCGUGGAGGUGGUGACCACGAUGACCUCGGCGGACGUGAUGUGGCAGGACGGCUCUGUGGAGUGCAACAUCCGCUCCAACGACCUCUUCCCGGUGCACCACCUGGACAACAACGAGUUCUGCCCCGGAGACUUCGUGGUGGACAAGCGAGUCCAGAGCUGUCCGGACCCCGCUGUCUACGGCGUGGUGCAGUCUGGGGACCACGUGGGCCGCACGUGCAUGGUGAAGUGGUUCAAGCUGCGGCCUAGCGGGGAUGAUGUGGAGCUGAUUGGAGAGGAGGAAGACGUGAGCGUCUACGACAUCGCCGAUCACCCUGACUUCCGGUUCCGCACGACCGACAUCGUCAUCCGAAUCGGGAACACUGAGGACGGAGCCCCGCACAAGGAGGACGAGCCAUCGGUGGGCCAGGUAGCCCGAGUGGACGUCAGCAGCAAAGUGGAGGUGGUGUGGGCUGACAACUCAAAGACCAUCAUCCUGCCCCAGCACCUGUACAACAUCGAGUCUGAGAUCGAGGAGUCUGACUACGACUCGGUGGAAGGCAGCACCAGCGGGGCGUCCUCAGACGAGUGGGAAGACGACAGUGACAGCUGGGAGACGGACAAUGGGCUGGUGGAGGAUGAGCACCCCAAGAUAGAGGAGCCCCCCAUCCCCACUGCAGAGCAGCCGGCAGCCCCCGAGGAGGACAAGGGCGUGGUGAUCAGCGAGGAGGCUGCCACGGCCGCCAUCCAGGGGGCCGUGGCCAUGGCUGCCCCCGUGGCUGGGCUGAUGGAGAAGGCUGGCAAGGACGGGCCCCCGAAGAGCUUCCGGGAGCUGAAGGAGGCCAUCAAGAUCCUGGAGAGCCUCAAAAACAUGACGGUGGAGCAGUUGCUGACGGGCUCACCCACCUCCCCCACGGCGGAGCCUGAGAAACCCACGCGGGAGAAGAAGUUCCUGGAUGACAUCAAGAAGCUGCAGGAGAACCUCAAGAAGACCCUGGACAACGUGGCCAUCGCUGAGGAGGAGAAGAUGGAGGCGGUGCCGGAGACGGAGCGCAAGGAGGAGAAGCCCGAGGGGCCGUCGCCGGUGAAGGCCGAGUGGCCCAGCGAGACCCCAGUGCUCUGCCAGCAGUGCGGCGGCAAGCCCGGCGUCACCUUCACCAGUGCCAAGGGCGAGGUCUUCUCGGUGCUGGAGUUCGCGCCCUCAAAUCACUCUUUUAAGAAAAUUGAGUUCCAGCCUCCAGAAGCCAAGAAGUUCUUCAGCACAGUGCGGAAGGAGAUGGCGCUGCUGGCCACCUCGCUGCCCGAUGGCAUCAUGGUCAAGACAUUUGAGGACAGAAUGGACCUCUUCUCGGCCCUGAUCAAGGGCCCCACUCGCACCCCGUACGAGGACGGCCUCUACCUGUUCGACAUCCAGCUGCCCAACAUCUACCCGGCCGUGCCCCCCCACUUCUGCUACCUCUCCCAGUGCAGUGGCCGCCUGAACCCCAACCUGUAUGACAAUGGGAAGGUGUGCGUCAGCCUCCUGGGCACCUGGAUUGGAAAGGGGACAGAGAGGUGGACGAGCAAAUCCAGCCUUCUCCAGGUGCUCAUCUCCAUCCAAGGUCUAAUUCUGGUGAACGAACCAUACUACAACGAGGCGGGCUUCGACAGCGACCGAGGCCUGCAGGAGGGCUAUGAAAACAGCCGCUGCUACAACGAGAUGGCCCUCAUCCGCGUGGUGCAGUCCAUGACCCAGCUGGUCCGGCGGCCGCCCGAGGUCUUCGAGCAGGAGAUCCGGCAGCACUUCAGCACCGGCGGCUGGCGGCUGGUGAACCGCAUCGAGUCCUGGCUGGAAACCCACGCCCUGCUGGAGAGGGCCCAGGCGCUGCCCAACGGGCUCCCCAAGGACAGCAGCUCGCCGGAGCUGCCGGCCGUGGCCGAGCUCUCGGACUUUAGCCGAGAGGAACCUGAGGACGGGGGGCUGGCCCCCGGGGAGGCCUCCCAGGGCUCAGACUCGGAGGGCCCAGCCUCAGCCAGCAGGGACCACAUGGAACAGGCCUCGGAGGCCCCGCCCGACGCCUCAGUGCCACCCAGCGUCAAGCCAAAGAAGAGGAGAAAGAGUUACCGGAGCUUCCUGCCCGAGAAGAGCGGCUACCCUGACCUCGGCUUCCCCCUCUUCCCUCUUUCCAAGGGCUUCGUCAAGAGCAUCCGGGGAGUCCUGACGCAGUUCCGGGCCGCGCUGACGGAGGCAGGCAUGCCCGAGAGCGCGGGGGACAAGUAG